GAACGACGAUGCCACCUCAUUCAUUUUUAAUAAUGCCUAUCAAAAAAGUUUUGUUUUUAUAAUUCAUUAGCAAUCAAUUAAGGGAGAGAGAUCUAUAAAUUGCCGGCUUAUAUUGAUGAGAGAAAGAAUUCAGCAAGUAUUGACGCAUUAUAUUGGGGCCUGCAUCUCUAAUACAAAAAUAUAUGAGAUCUCUACCGAUCUCAGCCAGAAUCGGUGUUAGAAAACCUUAGAAUCAGCCCACGGAUCUGAAAACUCGAUGAUUCUAAGGUUUUGGACAGAGAAUUGGCCAUAUCGAAUCAAUUGGAAUCAAGAUAGGUUAUGAUCGAUUUAUUCUUUUUUUUUUGAAUUGACCAAUUCGACUAAUCUAAUUCUGAUUUUUAAACGGUGUGCUAAGUCCAUGAUCGGUUAAUAGAAUUUAUGAAAUUCACUUGGAAGCAAAGAUGUUGAUCACCUAGUUCAUAACCAUCUAAUAACUAUAAGUAGGAGGAAAAAAUGCUAAUAAAGAAGGAUAAACGAAUGAGGUUGGCUUGAAACUUGGCAUGUUGUCACUUGAGACAAGUUUAAUUUUUAGACCUCACAAUUCAAAGUCUGAAAGGCUUCAAUGAUAAGUUAUUAUUAUUAUUAUUAUUAUUAUUGUUAUGUGGCACUGCAUCCAAAAAUGAUGCAUGAUGCCUUUACCUUAGAAAACCCCAAAAAACCCACCCCUUGAUAACCCUGUGUACACUCUCAUUGACUGCACCAACAUGGCUAAGGAGCCUUUUUUCCCUUCUUCUUCUUCUUAUUAUUAUUAUUAGGGUUAUUAUUAGAGUUAAAGAAAUCUAUGGUCACGACCCCUAGAGAUAAGGUGUGCAAAAUUACUGCUUCACCCUUUGUGAAAUAAAAAAAUCUCAUUUAUAUUGGUAUGCCUGUAUAUCCUCUCAUUGGCCCCCAAAUUAGUGUAGGAAUCACACAACCAUGCGACAAUCUCUUACCCUUAUUAAUAUUAUUUUAUGAAAUAAAGAAUGCUACACAAUAACGUGUACUUACGUCAAGCUACAACGGGUGUAAAAAGACUAUGAUGUCCCUCACUAAAGAUGCUAGCAUAUGCCCUCCCAUUGCCAGGGGCUGAUGUGUACACUCGCUAUCGGGUUGUGUCCUCUCUCCCUUACUUUAUUAAUGGGAUUUGGAUUGCUGCAUGGCCAGGUGGCCACUGCACCAACGUCGUGCUCAAUCAAGACAAUGGCUCACACAUCCAAAAAAAAAAAAAAUUCCCUCCUAUCCCAGUCCCGAAUUUUAAAGCCUUGGUAGAGUCGCACGAUCCAGAUUUUUUUUUUCUUUCAUUUAUUUAAUUAUUUUAUUAUGGGAAUUUAUGGGGAUUAUGGCCUACUCUCUUGAAUGCUUUUGACACAAUUUCUCCAAAGUUCUAUUUGCGUUCUGGACUAUGAUGAAGCGAUGCCCCCCCAAAACGCGUUUUGACUGUAAUGAAGAAAUGCCCUAAUUUUGAGGGAUCAAUGGUGUCACCGUCAUUGCUAUGACUGUAAUGAAGAAAUGCCCUAAUUUUGGGGGAUAAAUGGUGUCACCGUCAUUGCUAUGAUGUGAGGCUAAAGCUACUAUGUUACGGGGCUAAGGCAGCGUUUGAUAAUCAUUCAUAUUUUUAAGAUAGAGAUAUAGACAACCGUUACUCUUCAAAGACAACGUGGCACCAAUAUAGGUAUAGCAGCUGGGUCUGCAAACAGAGUAGCCCGGAGAAGAAGGAAAGGUAAGAGAAGAGCGGAGGAGAGGAGAAUUGUCACCGUUCCAAGUUCCCAACCACUAAAGAAACUUCGUGUUGGGCCUGCAUGGAUAGUGAUUUCCACUACUACAAACGAGCCCUGACAAAGUCACUAUUUUGUCGAUUUCCUUUUGUUUCUUUCUGCUCUCCCCCAUGUUCCUUCCUUGUCACAAUUCCAUCGACGAUGCUCUGUUCGGUUCAUGGAUCUUUUCAUCAUCGUCUUCAUCUCAACGUCAAUUCAACUUUCUCAAUAGUCCUUUUACACUCUGGAAAACCCAAUUGACUGGGGGGACAUGGCACUUUCGUUCACAGUUCAUACCCAGAAACCAUGAAAGGAGAUUGAUUGCAAGAACUAUUGGGUUUAGAGGAGAUAUGAAUUCACAUCGCAUUAGAGAAGCUUCGGAGGCAUGCUUUCAUGGCUGCUUCGCAGCUCCUCUGCUUGGCUUAGCAGAUGCUCCAAAUCCCAAUACUAAACCAAUCAACAUAGUUGCUGCUUCUCAUUACAAUUUUGAUGCAGCCACAGCUGCUUCUCUCUUGCCAAACACCCAAUUCACCAACCAUGAGUCUCUCCCUCCAUUGGAAGAGGCUCUGUCUCACUUCGCCACAGCUUACCCACACUAUUCCCAAACUUAUGAGGCUGAUCAAAUUAGAGCCCAACACUACUUCCAUCUCUCCCUCUUCAACCGUGUCUGCUUCGAUUACAUCGGUUUUGGGCUCUUCUCCUAUUCCCAGCAUCAAGCCUCCAUUUCAGAUCCUUCAUCUUCUUCUUCUUCUCCUCCUCCUCCAAACAGUCUAGAAUUCCCAUUCUUUGACAUCUCCUACAGGCCCCUAACUCUGCAAUCUCAGAUACUAAACAGGGGUGAAGAUUCGGAAUUAGAAUCCAGGAUCAGGAAGAGAAUCAUGGAUUUUCUCAAUAUCUCUGACACUGAUUAUCACAUGGUUUUCACUGCAAACAGAGCAUCUGCUUUUAAGCUUUUGGCAGAAUCUUAUCCUUUCCAAUCCAAUCACAGGCUCCUUACAGUCUAUGACUAUGACAGCGAAGCUGUUCGAACCAUGAUUGAGAGCUCCCAGAAGAAAGGAGCCCGAGUCAUGUCCGCCAAAUUCUCAUGGCCGAGCUUGAGGAUUCACACUGAAAAACUGACGAACAUGGUUGUGAGUAAGAGAAAGAAGGGGAAGAGGGGACUAUUCGUGUUCCCGAUGCAAUCGAGGAUGACUGGCAGACGAUACUCGUGUCUCUGGAUGAGCACGGCACAUGAGAAUGGGUGGCACGUUUUGCUCGACGCUUGUGCAUUAGGACCGAAGGACAUGGACACAUUGGGCCUCUCCCUGUUCAGGCCAGACUUCCUUAUCUGCUCCUUCUUCAAGGUUUUUGGGGAGAACCCAUCAGGAUUUGGUUGCCUCUUUGUCAAGAAAUCGAGUGCUUCCAUCUUGGAUGCUUCUACCACUGCUAAAAGCAGCAUAGGAAUCGUCGUCACUCUUGUCCCAUCAAAGAAGCUUUCUCAAUUGCCUUGUGAUGAUUCUGAUGGUCACUCACAGACCCAAGAAAAAUCUAAGCUUGAGUCUGAGGAAAAUGAUUUAUCAUCCAUAAGGUCAUUCUCCGGUCCUAUUCUUGCUCAAUCUCAGACCAGUAACGGGUUCGGGGAGAGAUCUUCGAGCUCAAAUCAGAGAACUCAAUUGGAAGGAUUACAGCAUUGUUCUUCAGCUUCUGAAAUUGUUGAAAUAUGUGAACCCAAUGAUCUGUUGAAAGCAAGGAGUACAGAGACCAAUAUAAAUAGCCCCGACAAGAAGAGCUCAGAAUUCGAAUGCAAAUGUUUGGAUCAUGCGGAUUCUUUGGGGCUCAUAGUCAUCAGCAGUAGAGCAAGAUACUUGACCAAUUGGCUGGUAAACGCAUUGAUGAAGCUCCACCAUCCGGAGCAGGGGCUUCCCCUUGUCAGAAUCUACGGGCCAAAGGUAAAAUUCGACAGGGGACCUGCUCUGGCAUUCAAUGUGUUUGAUUGGAAAGGAGAAAAGAUUCAGCCCAUGCUUGUACAGAAACUUGCAGAUCGAAGCAAUAUUUCUCUGAGCUAUGGGUUCCUACACAACAUAUCGUUUUCAGACAAGUUCGAAGGAGAGAAGGAGAGUGUCUUAGAGACAAGAAACUAUGAAGCAACGGCAGUGGCAAGCAACAAGAGGAGAGAAAGAGGUGAACUGGGGAUAACCGUUGUCACAGCUGCACUUGGUUUUCUGGCCAAUUUCAAUGACACCUACAGGCUUUGGGAUUUUAUAGCUCAAUUCCUCAAUGCAGAUUUUGUGGAGAAGGAGCAGUGGAGAUAUACAGCUCUUAAUCAGAGGACUAUUGAACUUUAAAUCAAACUGAUUCAAUGUUCUCUCAAAUUAUAAUCAUCAUCAAGGGUAAACAGUCCCUAAAGUAACGACACCCGAUGAUCCAAAUACCAGACUCCAGAGAGGGCACCAGAGCUCCUUUCCAAAAUUUCAUGAUUUGCAGUUUGCCAGCUUUGCUCUAUGAUUAGCAGAUGAUGCUUCAUGUUGUUUUCAAUUAAAAGGUUCCAAGUAGAUUGAACCUUCAACCUUUCCAUUGCAAUGGGACUUGGGGAAAUGCUGAAAACUUCACAAUUCAAUUGAACUAGUGCCCUUUUUACAGUUCGUUCACCUUGGUUUGCCUCCCUUAUCUAUUUCGGCAAUCACCAUGUAUCACCUUGAAUCAAAUUGCAGAUACAAUGCUCUUGUAUCCCAGAUGAAUGCCAUUGAACCACAGAAGGAACCAUUCUCAUCCAAAAUUGUGGAAUUGGACAAGGCCAUCAAUUUGCUGAUGCUGUGAGUCCGGUCUGCUGGAAUUGAUGUAUGAGGCCUGAAAUAUACCUGUUGCAGCAAGUUAAGUUCUUCUGGGUUAUAUUGGGGAUUUCCCGGUGAAGUAUAAUAACUACAUAAUUUUUUAUAACUAGAGAAGUCUCAGUUGUUGAAA